AUAUGCUCUCGGUGAAUUCGGCGGAGAGAGAAAACCGAGUCGGGUGGGAGCCGUACGAGAGGCGUAUCCGCUGAGACCUCGCGUUCCGUUUGCCGCGGACUCGGCGAGACAAUCCGACGGGUGAAUCGCUUGCGUUCGCGCGAUUCUCGGGAACCCGAAGCGGAACGAACGGCGAAAAGUGACGCAGCACCGUAUGCAUCGCGCGUGUCGGUAAUCUCCUUUUAUCUCUCUCUCUCUCUCCCUACCCCUCAUUCUUUGUCUCUCUCUCUCUCUUUCUCUCUCUCACUCUUACACACACAUACACACACAUUCGCUCUUUCUUCUGUCUCUCCCUCUCCCAUCGGAGUGUCAAAGUUCCGAGACUACUCGUCGAUGUAGGUUACGAGAAGGAGAAACGAACGGAUCCGGGGUGCGAAUCGUGGAAGUGUGACGCGGCCGGGCGGCGACACGCACCUCCCACGGGGGAAGAAAAAAAAACGAAACGAAACGUUCCACGGCGGUAUCGCGUUUCGCAGUGCGAGCGGGCAGGCGAGCACGGUUGUAGCGGGGGAGAGCGAGGAGUCGAGGAGAGGAGAUCCGGAGUGCGAACGCGGAGAGUGUCGGAGACUGUUCCGGUGGGACGGACCGUGGUGCGAGAGACUGCGAGAGAGGAGCGAGCCUCUCCGGUGGUGGAGAACUCGCGUGCCAUCCGGGUGUUGUCAUAAAUGUGCAGGUUCUACGUAGAUUGCGCGAUCUAUGCACGGUCGACGACGGGCCGAUCUAUUGGUGGCGAGUGCUGAUCGUGCCUGACGCUUCCGCGACUCCGACUCCGGCAGCGAGUCGACGUUGAGAUUCAUCAUCGGUCGCGCGGCGCGUUGCGCCUGGUCGUCGUCGCCGCCGCCGUCGCCGACGUCGUCGCCCCGAGAAGCAGCUAGCACAGCGCGGCGUACCUAUCUAACGGCGAGCCCCUCGACAACGCAAAACAGGUGAUCAUGGCGAAUCGGGGUACGGCCCAGAGGCCGAAUGGAUCGACACAAGGAAAAAUUUGUCAGUUUAAAUUAGUUUUACUCGGUGAAUCGGCAGUCGGGAAAUCGAGCCUUGUCUUAAGGUUUGUCAAAGGACAGUUCCACGAGUAUCAGGAGAGUACAAUUGGUGCUGCAUUUCUAACACAAACCGUAUGUUUGGAUGACACAACUGUAAAAUUUGAAAUCUGGGAUACCGCGGGGCAAGAACGUUAUCACAGUCUUGCACCGAUGUAUUAUCGUGGUGCACAGGCAGCCAUUGUCGUGUACGACAUAACAAAUCAGGAUACAUUCUCACGUGCCCAAACAUGGGUAAAGGAAUUGCAGCGCCAAGCCAGUCCGAGCAUAGUAAUAGCAUUAGCUGGAAACAAGGCAGAUUUGGCAAAUAAGAGAGUCGUCGAAUAUGAUGAGGCUCAAACGUAUGCGGAUGAAAAUGGCCUUCUUUUCAUGGAAACAUCUGCUAAGACGGCAAUGAAUGUCAACGACAUAUUCCUUGCAAUUGCUAAAAAGCUUCCUAAAAACGAACAAUCAGGAAGUGCAAGUACGAGUGGUCAAGGUCGUCGACUAGUCGAGUCAGAUGGGCAAAAGGCAGCAACCGGCAAUUGCUGCAAGUGAUUAUCUAAAUCCCGUAUAAUUCUCUUCUCUCGACUUUUGCCUUCUUUAUAUUUACUGGAACAGUAGAUAAAUAAAGGCUGGAAAUAAACAAGAAGAUAAAGAGCGCGGAUUGAAAGUAAGAUCCAAUAUAUGACCAUCAAAUAUAUAAUAUGCAGGAUAUAAAUGUAACUAAUAUUGCUGUAUAAUAUUUAGCUACCAUUGACAGUUUCUUGUAAUUAAAAAGUGGUUUACACAAAAUGUGUAUGUGAAGAAAACGAUUCUAAAUUUUAUGAUGUUUCCAUGUUAAUAAUGUAUCUAUACUUAUUUCUCAGAGAACUUUUCUUUUAGCAUUAUCGUAGUAUAUAUUUGUUCAAACCGUUCAAUACAUACAAACUUCAAUACAAACACAUAUAAUAUAAUGAUCCCAUAUACUCUUAUAAAAUAAUUCUUUAGCCAAAAAAUCUUCUAUUAUUUUAUUGAAUAGUCACAUUGAAGGAUAUUAUACGGUACUGCUAUUAAUCGAUUCUUUAAUAGCAAAUCUUUAAUAUUCUUUUAAUGUAUUUCUACUAGAUUUAAAUAUAGCAUUUACAUUACUGUGACAGCUUUAUUAAAGUCAGAGUCUUUAUUUGCGCAUAAAAAUUGUAAUCUAUGUGAUACAACGUCUAAAAGCAUAAUACUUUUUUAUUAGUUCCCUCGUUUUAUUGUAUAUUCAUCCGUGAUUAAUUUAAGUGCACUAUUCAAAAUUUUGUGAAAAGAGAAGUUGUCUAAUGUAAGGCACUAGAUAUCCCUUAGGCACAUUGUAGUGUUUACAUGACACUCUAUAUGUUUAUAGAUAUUAUAAAUUUGUAAAGUUUCCUUUUCUUCUUCGGAGGACACUAAUUUCUGACUGAUAAAGGUGCUACAAGAAUACAUGUGCAUGAUAUUUAUUGUGCAAGCUUGUAAAAAUGUUUUCUUGUAAUUUACGAUAAUGCUCCUAUUUCCUGUGCAAUGAUUCGUAUCAUUGGAUUGUAUAUCUGAAAUAUUAUUUUGUAAUAAUAAUAGGUAAAACUGUUUAAAAUUGUUACGAAAAAAAAAAGAAAAUUCUCAGGGUGCAAUUCUUCUCUUCAAUCUCUAAUAUUGUUGUAUCCUAAAUAUAUAUUUAUUUUUAUUUCCGCUAUAAUAUACGACUAUCUAGAUAUGUUUCUGUUAAAAAUCACAGGUAGGUUCGAUUAUUCCUGUAUAGAGAGGUUUUUAAUAUUCACCAAGCAAAUAAAAUGUUUUACAGUAGUUACAGUCUUGUGCAUUGUAGAUAUUCAACAGUUGUAAUACAGUACAUUAUGGAAUCAUA